CUCCUCCCAUUUUGGGUUCGCGUUAGGCCUGGCCGUUAGGGUUUGGGCGGUCCUCCGUCCCUGCUGAAGCGAGGCGGGACUGUUUUUGUUGAGGUGAGGUCUAGUAAAUGGUGAAGUACUUCCCGGCCAGAGGGUACCUGGGUCCGUGGGGUCUCGGUGGCGUGCAGUGGGAGAGGAGUCCGACCCGCGAGGGAACCCAGCCUCGCCAACGGAGCGGGAGGCGUGGAAACCGCAGUCGAGCCGGUGUAACCGAGGCACGGUCGUGGUUGGCCCUCCCGACGGCUCUUUCGGCCCAGCACCCGGGAACGCGGCGGAGCUCUCGGCCGCGUGGAUCCCAGCCCUUGUCACCUCCCUUCUUUCACCCACGUGCAGUCCCGGGCUGGAGAAGGGACUGCGGGCGCUCUGAGUUCUCAGCCCGCAUUCCAGUCUCUUGUCACCCGGUGCACAUCUUCAUGUGAGGUGAUUCCUAAGCAGCUGGGGAACCUGAGGCUGUAAAAAGGGCUGCGGGGAGUGGACUGCAGUCCAAAAUCCAGAAGCAGAAUUUGAUGGUUUAACCACUGACCCAUUUCACAGAAUGUUUCAUGCAUUCAUGGACCGAAAGAUGGAGUUGGUUUUUAUUUUUAAAAUAAUAUUGUCAAUGAUCUGAUACGACUAUAUGUAUUCACUUGAUGAAGAUGCAUGGACUUGUCAUUAAGUUGGACUAGUGAUCAUUUCUGAAAGUUUCUUCAACCACAAUUUCUACUUGAAAAUUCAAGUAUCAAAGAAUAUUUGGUUUAGAGUGGUAUAAUGAUGUAUUUUCUCUGAGUACUGCAAAUUUCAUAGAGACCACAGUUGGAUUCCAGUUAUAUUCUACAAUCAAAGUGAUUCAGUUCUUUGAUAAAGUUAAUUUCGAAGAAUUUUAUGUUUGUAAACAACACCAAAAGAUGGGAGAAAAAAAUGGUGAUGCAAAAACUUUCUGGAUGGAGCUAGAAGAUGAUGGGAAAGUGGAUUUCAUAUUUGAACAAGUGCAAAAUGUGCUGCAGUCACUGAAACGAAAGAUCAAAGAUGGAUCUGCCACAAAUAAAGAAUACAUCCAAGCAAUGAUUCUAGUGAAGGAAGCAACUAUAAAUAAUAAUUCAACUUUGAUAAGGGAUCAUACGUCUGUGACCCAGAAUGCACAGGAAAACAAAUCAAGUUCAUUGCCCUCUACAUCACAUGAAGACUCCUUUCCAGAAGACUAUACCUCUCUAUCUACAGAAAAUAAGGAAAUUCCCCCUCUGGAAAAUAAAGUUGCAGACUUUAGAGAAAAAGAAUCAUCUUCAAAUUUAUCUUACCAAAAGCAUGACUGCUCUAGUGCCUGUCUGAUGAAAAUGCCACUUACCUUCAAGGGAGAAAACCCUCUGCAGCUACCAAUCAAAUGCCACUUCCAAAGACGACAUGCAAAGACAAACUCUCAUUCUUCAGCACUCCACGUGAGUUAUAAAACCCCUUGUGGAAGGAGUCUGCGAAACAUGGAGGAAGUUUUUCGUUACCUGCUUGAGACAGAGUGUAACUUUCUAUUUACAGAUAACUUUUCUUUCAAUACCUAUGUUCAGUUGACUCGGAAUUACCCAAGGCAAGAAGAAAUUGUUUCUGAUACGGAUAUUAGCAAUGGAGUGGAAUCAGUGCCCAUUUCUUUCUGUAAUGAAAUUGACAAUAGAAAGCUUCCACAGUUUAAGUACAGAAAGACUAUGUGGCCACGAGCAUAUUAUUUAAACAGCUUUUCCAACAUGUUUACUGAUUCUUGUGACUGUUCUGAGGGCUGCAUAGACAUAACAAAAUGUGCAUGUCUUCAACUGACAGCAAGGAAUGCCAAGACUUGCCCCUUGUUAAGUAGUAAAAUAACCACUGGAUAUAAAUAUAAAAGACUACAGAGACAGAUACCUACUGGCAUUUAUGAAUGCAGCCUGUUGUGCAAAUGUAAUCGACGAAUGUGUCAAAACCGAGUUGUCCAACAUGGACCUCAAGUGAGGCUACAAGUAUUCAAAACUGAGAAGAAGGGAUGGGGAGUACGCUGCCUAGAUGACAUUGACAGAGGGACGUUUGUUUGCAUCUAUUCAGGAAGAUUACUAAGCAGAUCUAACACUGAGAAUUCUGAUGCUAUUGAUGAAAAUGGAAAAGAAGAGAAUAUUAUGAAAAAUAUGUUUUCAAAAAAGAGGAAAAUAGAAGUUGCAGAUUGUGAGGUUGAAGUUAUCCCAUUAGAACUGGAGACAUAUCCUAGAAGUGCUGUGACUGAGGAGUGUCCACCUAAGCUCCAUAAUAAUCCCAAAGAGCCCAUUAUAGAAAUGAAAUGUAACAAUAUUUCAAGAAUUCAGUAUCAUUCAGUCAUUAGAAGUCCUAAAACCAAGACGGCCAGUAUUCAACACAAUGGGGAAAAGAUGGGAUUUACUUCCUCAGAGUCUGUCACCUCAGAAGAUAAUGGUGGAUUUAAACCAACUCAAGUACAUCUGAACUCUAAAGCCAAGGAAAUGAGAGGUGUCUUUCAGGUUGCAGAAAGGUUGCAAAAAAGGAUAUGCGCACUAUGCCCCAAAGACCUCGAGUGUAGUGUCCUGUACUUUGCACAGUCAGAGAAUAUAGCUGCUCAUGAAAACUGUUUGCUGUAUUCCUCGGCGCUUGUGGAAUGUGAGGAUCAUGAUCCGUUCAAUCAUGAUAGAAAUUUUGAUGUGGAAUCGGUAAAGAAAGAAGUCAAGAGAGGAAGGAAGUUGAAAUGCACAUUUUGUGGGAAAGCAGGAGCCACCGUGGGAUGUGAUUUAAAAUCCUGUCUCAAGAAUUACCACUUUUUCUGUGCCAAGAGUGACCAUGCAGUUCUACAAGCUGAUGGAGCUAAAGGAACUUACAGAGUAUUGUGCCAACAACAUGCUGACCUUCAAAAUGACCUACUCUCAGUGAAGCCUUUGUCUGGUGUCCACCAUUCUCACUACAGUCAGCUGACCAGACCAAAACAUGGAGUGAAAAGUAAAAGGGGGAGGAAAAAACAUCUCUCAACAGGCAAUCCUGUACAGGACCCGAACGUAGAACAGUACACGAAGACUGCAGCAGCUGUUAAGAAUGCAACCCAGUGCUCCCAUGUCAUCUAUGACAGGAAAAGAAGAGCUACUACCCAGACAUCAAGGGAUCGUUUUGUCAAGAGGGUAAAGAGAACUGAAUCCAGCAAGGAACCAGAACCUGUGCCAUCACCGUCAGGCCCACCGGAAAGAAUGGAAUUGGAUAGGAAGGAACAGGAUGGCAGACACACAGAUGCAAUUGUGAAAGUUCCUUUUCUUAAGAAAUGUAAAGAAGCGGGUCUUCUUAAUGCUUUAUUUGAAGAAAUAGUAGACAAACUUCAUUUGAUUCACGAAAGACUCAGGGAUGAGACCACUUCAGAAUCAGACUAUGAAGAAAUUGGGACUUCACUUUUUGACUGCAGAUUGUUUGAAGAUGCAUUUGUAAAUAUUCAAGCAGCAAUAGAGAACAAAAUUCAUCUAUCUGAACAAAGGCAGCAGCAGCUGAAGGACGAGAUUGAGCUACUUCAGGGCUUAAAACAAACCUUGUGCUCUGAGCUUCAGUCAAGUUCUACUUCAGAUUCUUCUCUGUCUUCUUAAGAAUGACCAUUUCGUAAGCCAGGAAUCAAGCACAGUUGCAAACAGGCUGAAAGCUGGAGACGGGCCUGUGAAAGCCACACAUCUUUAGCACUAGGGCCCUCGAGUCUCUCUGGCCCUCAAACUCUGAUCCUCACCAGCCCUUAACUGUUCCUGCUGAUUUGGCAUCUUAUUCCUUUUUAUUGCCUCCUCUUCCUCAUCAUCAUCUCACUUCUACCCCUCCCCCCAGUAAAAUAUUUCUGAUUCUACUUGAGUAAAUUGGGCCAUGCCUCCCAUCGCUCUAAAAAUCCUUUGGUGGAUUUUUAGAUUUUUAGUUCCCCCCUCCCCCACCCCCACUACAGUGAGCUAAGUGGAUUCCAGGUGCUCCUGCCCCCAGGGCCUUUGCACAUCCUGCUGUGAAGUCUUCACUGCUCCUCCUGCUGAUGUCCUCAUACCUAUUCCAUCUGAGAGUACUUUCUCUUCAUAUCCCUUUCUCGGUGUAAGCCACUCUAUCAUACAUCAAACCACUGGAGUAUAAGCAGUCUGAGGGCAGAAACUCACUAUUCCUGUGUUUUCCUCCCUAUCACAUUCCCAGCAGCUAGCAUGCUCAAAAAAUGUUGAAAAAAUGCAUAAACUGUUUUUAUCUUUUGAGACUAGUUCCAGCCCUUUAAUGUUUCUUUGAUAUAAUAAAUCUGAAUGUUAUACCUGUACCCAA